UUUCAAGAUCAAAGUCAUUGACUCGGUUAUGAAUUUAUGACAAAACAGGAAGAAGAAGAUGAAAACUUCAAAUCGAUUUUUCGUGUCAUUAACUUUUCUAUAAGUGGAUAAGGUGGUGAGUGGUGUGAUAAUACAGAGCACAAUUUUGUUAUUCAGCUCUAUGAUGUUCUUAUGAAAGUGGCAAAACUUGGAGUUUGGCUUCAAGUUAAUUCAUAAUGGGUGGAAGAAUACUGAUACCACUGUUGCUUUUCUUCAACUGUUUGUUCUUUGCAGUGGCACAAGAUAUUACCAAAGAUCUUGAAGUUCUGAAGUCUCUGAGUGAGUCUUGGCAAGGCCAAAUUCCAAACUGGGAGGGUUCAGAUCCUUGCAGUUGGUAUGGCAUUAACUGCAGAUACUCACGUGUGGUUUCCAUAUCAUUAACAGAUAUUGGUUUGACCGGCCAGCUUUCUGGAGAUAUUGGAUCACUUUCUGAAUUGGAUAAUCUGGAUCUCUCAUACAAUAGGGGACUAACAGGACCACUUCCACGAGAAAUUGGAAACUUGAAGAAGCUAACGAAAUUAACUCUUGUUGGUUGUGGUUUUACUGGUGGUAUUCCAGAUGCAAUAGGAUCUCUGCAACAACUUGAAGUCUUAUCUUUAAACUCCAACAACUUUGCUGGAUUAAUUCCACCUUCUAUUGGCAAUCUGUCAAAUCUUACUUGGCUGGAUUUAGCUGACAACCAGCUUGAUGGAUCCAUCCCUGUAUCUAGUGACACUACCCCUGGUCUUGAUAUGUUAUACAAUGCAUUGCACUUUCAUCUUGGGAAGAAUAGGCUUUCAGGACAAAUUCCUCCGAAACUUUUUAGCUCGAAAAUGGCUCUGAUACAUGUGAUUUUUCACAGCAAUCAUCUAGAUGGCAGCAUUCCUGAAACGCUUGGGCUAGUUACGAGUUUGACAGUGGUGCGCUUUGAAAAUAAUUCACUGAAUGGACAUGUGCCUCAGAGCCUCAACAACCUUAUCAGUGUCACAGACCUGUUGUUAUCCAACAAUAAGCUGGAAGGUGCCAUGCCAAACCUUACUGGGAUGAACUCCCUAAGAUACUUGGAUCUGAGCAAUAAUAGCUUUGAAGAGUCAAACGUUCCACUGUGGCUUUCGAAUCUGAAGAGUUUAACAACAUUACAAAUGGAGAAUUUGUACCUAGUUGGAACAAUUCCGAAUUUUUUAUUCAGCCUUGCCAAUUUACAGAAUGUUGUGCUGAAAAACAACCACCUUGGUGGAACCUUGGAUAUUGGAACCAACUAUAGCAAACAACUGCAACUUAUAGAUUUGAGGUCAAAUUCAAUUCAGGACUAUAAGCAACCAAAUGAUCCCCCACAUAUCAGGAUAAUGCUCGCACACAACCCGGUUUGCACAGAAACAGGACCAGAAACUAUGGAGGAUUACUGCACCAACCUGGAUAUCUUCGAUACAAAACAACAAAAUAACUGUCAACAUGGUAGCUGCAGCCCGGAUCAGACUCUCAGUCCCAACUGCAAAUGUGGAUAUCCAUAUACAGGAACUUGGACUUGCAGAGCCCCUUCCUAUUUUGAAUGGAGCAAUACAACAACCCUGGAGGAAUUUCUAAUGCAUGAAUUUCAAUAUCAUCAUCAACCUGUCGAUUCAGUUUCUCUAAUCCCUUCAACUAAAGAUCCAUUUCGGGGCUUUGAAUUUAUCAUACAAAUUUUCCCACUAGACCAAAAUCAUUUCAGCCAACUAGACAAAUCUAAUAUAAGCUUUUUGCUGCGCAACCUAAGUGCAUAUAGUGCAUUUGAUUUUAUUACAGGAAACCAUGUUGAAGGACCUAAGCAGUCAAGUAAUUCAUCAAACUCUGCAAUAAUUAUUGGAGUAGCAAUUGGAGGUUCUUCUUUGUUGCUACUGUUAUUAGCCCUGGCAGGUUUUUAUGCUUUCCGCCAGAGGAGAAGGGCAGAAAGAGCAAUAUCUCGAAGCAAUCCUUUCGGAAACUGGGAUCCCAAUAAAAGCAACUGCGGCACCCCUCAGUUAAAAGCACCAAGGCAGUUCUCUUUUAAGGAAAUUCAGAAAUACACAAACAACUUCUCACAAGCCAAUGAUGUUGGAUCAGGGGGUUAUGGAAAGGUUUACCGGGGAACUCUUCCCACAGGGCAAGUUGUAGCCGUAAAGCGAGCUCAAAAAGAGUCAAAGCAGGGAGCGCAAGAAUUCAAAGCUGAAAUUGAACUCCUCUCCCGGGUCCACCACAAAAAUCUGGUUAGGCUUGUGGGAUUCUGCUUUGAACACGAAGAACAAAUGCUGGUUUACGAGUUCGUUCCUAAUGGAACUUUGAAGGAUGCUCUCACAUGGAAACGUGGAAUCACGUUGAGCUGGAGCAGAAGGCUGAAAGUAGCCCUUGGUACUGCCAGGGGUUUGGCUUAUCUUCACGAACAUGCUGAUCCCCCUAUUAUACACAGGGACAUCAAGUCAAACAACAUUUUGCUAGAUGAGAACUAUAAUGCUAAAGUCUCUGAUUUCGGUCUCUCUAAGUCCAUCUUAGAUGAUGAUGAUCAUGUUACCACUCAAGUUAAAGGAACAAUGGGCUACUUGGAUCCAGAUUAUUAUACUAGUCAGCGGUUGACUGAAAAGAGUGAUGUUUAUAGUUUUGGAGUGCUAGUGCUGGAGCUAAUUACUGCAAAAAGGCCAAUAGAACGAGGGAAAUACAUUGUGAAAGUGGUCAGGAAUACAAUAGAUAAGACAAAAGACUUGUAUGGUCUUCACGAAAUUAUUGAUCCAGCCAUUUGUUCAGGAUCAACACUGCAGGGUUUUGAGAAGUUUGUUGACCUUGCAAUGGAGUGUCUUCAAGAUUCAGGAGUCGACAGGCCCACAAUGAGUGAAGUGGUUAAAGAAAUUGAAGAAAUGUUGCGAUCUCUCGGUUUGAACCUAACAUCUGAAUUAGCGGCAUCCUCUUCAUCCAGUCAUAGAUUUCAUGAGGUGAGUAUAGUGAGUUCCCAACAAGACCACCUUUACAGCAAUGAAUCUGUUGUUUCAAGUGCAGAAAAUUUGUAUUCAACAAGUGAGCAUAGUUAAGUUAAGUAUUUUUCUCAAGAUUGAAGUCAAGACGCGUUUGUUUAUUAGCAUUUCUAGGCCAAAAAAGUAAAGUAGAAAUUUAGAAUUAGAGUUUGUGGUAGUUAUUAGCUUCAAAGUAUAAGUCUGUAUCAUGGUUCAUGUUUCCUUUUUAGAUCAUUUAUUUUCCUUCUCUCUCCCUCUAAAGAUGUGAAAUGUAGAAAGAAUAUAGGUUCGGAUAUGGAGCAUACGAAUAUAGACCCUUUUUUUUGUAUAUGGGCGUGGUUUGUUUGUCAA